AUGUCUCCCGUGGUUUUCCGCCCCUCCAGGGAACCUCUAAGCACACGAAGCACGAACCCUUGGAAUAAGAUGGGGGGGCGAGUGGAACCUUCCUUCAUCUCCGUGACACAACCCUGGGACCAAGAUAGGAGAACCAAAUCUUCCAGUAAGACAAGCUCCCGAGACCUGAUAGACCCUGACCUGAACCCUAGCGAGUACCUGGUCCCAGUCCAGUCCCUGCCCACUCCUCGGAGGCCUGCUGGGCCUCUGGCUGAGUCAGGGAACACGUGCCACGACAGAUUGCAGCGGGCCCAGAAGAAGGAUAUACUGAAUAUUUGUUGUGCUAAAACCAUUAAAAGCAUUAGCCACAUCCAGUUAAUUCUGAAGAAACUGGUUAAGAGUGAAGCCUUUGAAGUCUUCACCUUCCUGGCGAUCUCUCUUAACUGUAUCGAACUAAUAUUCCAGACUUUUGCCGAGGUGGAAGUCUGGGGAGAAUGGUACUUCGCAAUUUUGGACUCCAUCUUCCUCUGCAUCUACUUUAUGGAGGCUGUGCUAAAGAUUCUGGCCUUUGGACUUCAUUACUUUCAUAGCUGGAACAACCUAGACUUCGUCAUCGUGAUCAUGGCCCUGUUGGACUUCGUGCUCAAGCAGAUCUACUUCUCCUCUGCCAAGCGAUUGUCCCAAAGCAAAACUGUCUUCCGAAUCCUGAAGAUCUUCAAAAGCCUUCGAUCCCUGAGGGCCAUCAGGGUGCUGUGGAAACUCAACUCCCUCUCCAGCCUCAGGAAAGUGUGGCAUUCUCUGGCCAGAUCAGCAUCAUCCAUCACAGCCAUCCUUGUCCUGAUGUUCACCUGCCUUUUCUUCUUCUCCGUUGUACUCCGAACCCUGUUUCAUGAGACAGACCCCAAGCGUUUCGAGAACCUCCUUACCACCUCCUUCACCCUCUUUACCCUGCUCACCCUGGAUGACUGGUCUAUGAUCUACUUGGACAGCCUGAAAGAAGGUGCCUGGUAUAUCAUUCCUAUCCUCAUGGUCUACAUUAUCAUACAAUACUUCAUUUUCCUCAACCUAGUGAUAGCAGUGCUGGUGGAUAACUUCCAGCUUUCCCUACGUGAGAGCCAGGAAAAGGCAAAAGAGCAGAAAGAAGCCCUGAGGCAUGUGAAGCUUCUGGAUGAGUCUUUGACAAUCCUUGAAAAAGAAGUGGAAGAACAGAAGAGUGAUGUCAUUUUACUAAAGACAAUUCAGAAAAAAUAUGGGAAACUUGCUCCCUUGUAA